ACGUGUUUUGUCGCGUGUGCGUUCACGUGGAACAAUUGGACUAGAGACCGUUUACCCCCACUCAAUAACCCCAGGACUGGUUCUGCAACUUGGACGUUCCUAUCUCACAUGUCAUGUCCGGCAGCAGGCCAAACCGAAUGGGCCAAGAACCAAGACUCUGACGUGGGCUGCGGCCAUGUGACUGUGGGAACACGAAGAGAAUUCUGGUUGGAUGUACAGCAUAGUGCGUGUGCGACGAACCAUGCCUCGGCUGCUGAGACUGUCAGGUCUUCCCGCGGCCACCAAAGCUCACAGCACCAAUCCACUGAAGCAAAGUAACAACUACACAGGUGUACUGAGGGGUCUUGGCAGCCACAAGGAUUCACGUCUAGCUGAUUUUCUGUCAGGUAGAUUUGGAAGCACCUUCGGCACUGCGGUAGAUGGUAGGACGUCCGUUGCAAGUGGGUCUAGAAGUACUAGAGGAGGGUUACAGUAUCUUGUGCAACGACAAUACUCAACCAGAAGCUCCACAAUGACGGCAGGGGCACAGGAAUACAGCCAUGUGAUAGUCGGCGCCGGUUCCGCUGGUUGCGUGCUCGCCAAUCGCCUGUCAGAAGAUCCCAGCAACACAGUUGUCCUGCUGGAAGCUGGCCCGAAGGACCGCACGUGGACCAUCCACAUGCCGUCGGCAAUGCGCUACAACCUAGCUGAUGGCAAGUACAACUGGUGCUACCGCACCGUGCCGCAGAAGCACCUAAACAACAGGGAGAUGUACUGGCCACAGGGGCGAGUCUGGGGAGGCUCCUCCUCUAUAAACGCCAUGGUGUACGUCCGCGGGCACGCGAUGGACUACGACCGGUGGGAGAGAGAGGGCGCCGCGGGCUGGUCGUACGCAGACUGCCUGCCGUACUUCCGUAAGGCCCAGACGCACGAGCUCGGUCCGGACGACUACCGCGGCGGGGACGGUCCUCUCCACGUCUCGCGCGGCAGGAGCGAGAACCCCCUGAACAAGGCCUUCAUAGAGGCCGGCCAGCAGGCGGGUUAUCCUUAUACAGAGGACAUGAACGGUUACCAACAGGAGGGGUUUGGGGAGAUGGACAUGACGAUUCGCAAGGGGAUCCGCUGGAGCACUGCGAACGCGUACCUCCGGCCUGCGCUGAAGCGGGCUAACGUGAAGGCUGAAGUGAGGUGUCUGGUGACUCGCGUUCUGUUUGAAGGCAGCCGGGCGGUCGGGGUGGAAUAUCUGCAGAAUGGAGAGAUGAAACAGGUCCGAGCUGCGAAGGAAGUGAUCCUGUCCGGAGGGUCCAUCAACUCUCCUCAGCUGCUGAUGCUGUCGGGGGUCGGCAAUGCUGAUGACCUGCGGACACUGGGCAUUCCUGUUGUUCAGCACCUACCAGGUGUUGGACAGAACCUACAGGAGCACCUAGAAGUGCAUGUGCAGCAGGCGUGUACUCAGCCCGUCUCUCUCUACAGCGCGCUCCAGCCACACCGCAUGCUGCUGAUCGGAGUCCAGUGGUUCGCCACGCGGACAGGCCUGGGCGCCACCAGCCACAUGGAGGCGGGAGCGUUCAUCAGGAGCAGGCCCGGCGUGGAACAUCCCGACCUGCAGUAUCACUUCUUCCCCACCGCCGUGCAGGAUCUGGGGAGGGUAGCGGUGAAGCAACACGCUUACCAGGCCCAGGUGGGUCCACUUCGCUCAACUAGCCGUGGAUAUCUGAAGCUGAAGUCUGCAGACCCCCAUGCACACCCUCUGUUGGACCCGAACUACCUCUCCACCCCCCAGGAUGUGCUCGAGAUGAGGCUGAGCAUCAGACACACGCGGGAAAUCUUCGCCCAGAAGGCUUUUGAUCCAUUCCGCGGUGCAGAGAUUGCCCCAGGACGCGACGUCCAGUCGGACAAAGACAUCGACGCGUACGUCCGCCAGCAUGCCAAGUGCGGCUACCACCCGUCCUGCACCUGCAAGAUGGGCGCGGAGUCGGACGCCCUGGCGGUGGUGGACGCCGAGACGCGCGUGUUCGGCCUGGAGAACCUGCGGGUAGUGGACGCCUCCAUCAUGCCCAGCAUCGUCAGCGGGAACCUGAACGCGCCCACCAUCAUGGUGGCGGAGAAGGCGGCUGAUAUCAUCAAGGGGGAGCCCCCACUCCCCAGAUCAACUGCUGCUGUUUACCGGCCACGUUAGAUGUUCAAAGGUAGAUCAUUCUCCUAUGGGACACAU